AUGGCCCGUUGUGCCAUAGCUCAGCGAUCUGGCAACUUCAAUCAACGGUACAGUCAGGAGCUUGAGCGUAUGCAUGCAUCUCACUUUUGGGAAUACCACUAUCUGUAUGACUCACCAGAGCUGUCUGUGAAUGCCAAGUCAGCUUCAGGAUACACAACACCAGUAUCAUGGCUGCAGGAGCGAGAUCGACAAGAAGCAGAUCCGUGGAAUCGACUGCCACAGAUGAUCAACUGCUCCCUCGAUCCUUUCAUUGCUACGCCCGGGGUUACUACCCGUCAACGGUCCCUCGUACAGUUCUACAUGAAGGACACCGCCACAAUUCUGUUUGGGGUGUCAAACACACCAUUGUACUCACCGUGUGCGGCAACAGGAAUGGCCUUCGUAGGCGAUUCCAAGGUCGCUAUUGGCUGGAUGUGUAUACUCGCGGAGGAGAUGAUCAGCGCUCUUCGUGGUCAGAACAGCAGUCACUCCUUGGCACAGCAAAAAGCACGAGGCUACAGGAACCUCAAGCAAGCUAUACUCAAUCGUCGCGAUAACUUCCAGGACGCUAUAAUGGGAGUCGCUAUAGCGGGUCUGUUUCAAUACGGCUUUGGUGAUGCAUACUCACAGUCCUUGCAUACAACGAUGGCAGAUCGGCUCAUCCGCGAAAGGGACAGUAUUGCUGAUGCUAUUCAGUCUGCUCCCCAUCUUGAGCCGUUCUACCUCGCUGCACAAUUUGCGUUUGGACGCACUCGCAUCGAUUCGGCGCAUAAGCUGGCAUGGACCCGUCAGCAAUGGAUCUCAGACAUCAAGGCCGUGUUCGCUGCUUCAAUACUGGGCAACACUUUGGAGUCUCUCGAGGCCACCUGCUAUGCUCACACGAAGCAACGCCUCAUGGACACAGUGCGUCAUGCUCUCGCCGGACACCACAAGCCUUCUUCGUUUGCAAAAGCAAUGCAGCUGACCUUGCUAAAUGAGAUCUCGUGGACAGUCCUCCGCUUCAAGAACAAUCUAGCGGUCAUCACCAAAUACUUCAGACGAUUUCACUUCAUCUGCCAGCACAGCAUAUUGGAUGCUGAUUCCAGUGGUGGACAGACUCAUGAGUUGAAAGCGGCAGCAGUAGCAAGCAUGGGCAGCAGAGCUCGUCGAGAUGUUGUGGAGGAAGUCAUGCCCGGCAAGCUACUCGAGUCUGACGCAGACGUUCUUGAGAAGCAUAUCGUCGCGCUGCAGAUGUUCUAUUACCUGGGAGAGGAGUCUCAAGACUGGCUUUUGUCCAGUCUCCUGCAAUGGCUCGAGAUGAACGACACCGCGUGUGUCAAGAAGAUCAGUGACAAGGAGCUGGAACUGCUCGAGCAGACCGUAAUGGAUAAUUGGUCUGUGUAUGAUCGAGCUCGAACGGACCAGACCAGCACGAAAGCUUGA